AUGUUUCCCGUCGACUCCCUCCCUGCGACUUACUACGAGGAGCGCGAGGCAGCAGAGGUCGCCAAGAGGCUGGCAGCACUGCAACAACAGCAAGCGCAAUCGCAAACACAAACGUGCGCAUCGCCUUCCACCGCCUCCGACAAGCCACAAGCGUGUCUUCGGAGACCGCAAAUGUCGCGACCGCCGUCAAGCAGCGUUCUGGGCAACAUCUUCCAAGGCUUUGUCAGAUCACGAAACAACAGCCCACCUCCGUCGCAUGCACAAGACAGCACUUCUCCCAGCGGGACAUGCACACCAACAAGCACACCGCCGGUCAAGAUCAUGACCAAAGCGCAAAUCGCCGAGAUGCUUGCGGAGAAGAAGCGGGAUGAGGACAUCGUCGGCUUCAGAGCGUGGUAA